GCCCCUGGCAGCACACGGGCACCAGCACUGCCUCUGCUGCUGCCAGGGCUCUGGUGACUGGAGCUUUUCCACUUUAGAGCUUUCCUACCUGGAGUUAACAGCAGAACUGUGUGGCUGUGGGGGACGUGCUGCCAUCACUGCUGUGACAUGUCCUUCUGUGUUCCCAAUGUUGUCCAAGUGCCAGCUCUGACUCCACUUGGUCUGGAUUGUCCCCAUUGAAUGGGAUGAAGGAGGAUGAAGGAUGCAUGUUCUUUCAAAUUAAGGUAUUUGAGAGUGGUUCCCAGUCACCACAAACUUAAAUUAGUUUGGAAGUGGUGGUAAGAACAAGGACCCCCCCAAAGGAGCUUCCCCAGGCUGUCGGCAAAUCCGGUGUCUCUCAAGAAACACUUUGAAGUUUUCUAAGAGCCUGAUCCAAGCCUGAUCACACUGGGAGCACAAUCCUGAUCAUGUGGGAGAGAUGCUCAUUUCCCAGGGCUGAGGUGUUUGUUGAGAUCACAGUCAGGGGACAUUUGCCAGGAUAUGUGAGCCUGUUUGGCUCAAAGCUGUUCACCUUGUCACCUGCCAGGGAGGGCAGGUAUGAGUGUCAGAGGUACUGGAGGCUUUCCUGUGCCUCCCAGGGUGCAGCAUUGCAGGAGCCAUGAGCUGUGGUUUUCCUCACAGGGCUCUUGCCGGCUCCCAUCUUUGCCAGUAAGUUCCUUUUCCCUUCUUGGUCCUGGCACUGCUUUGGCCUCUGGCUGGGAGAGCAGGGGCUGUGGUGUGGGGCUGGGUGGGCUCUGCUCACAGAUGAUGCUGCUGUGGUUGCUGUGUGCUUUCCACAGUGAACAGCACAGAGGGUAUCUGCACUUGGCAGGCAGCGUGGGGCUAGUGCCAGAAGCUGCUGUGCAGGAAUCUGGGGGGUUUAGUGCCCAUGAGCUCCUUUGUGCUGAGGGAGGGGACGCCUUUCACCCAGGUCUGCAGAAAGCUAGAAAUAGAAGAGAGCAGAUAAACAGUGAGAGAAACUGUGCCAGAGUGUUUUCCUGGAGUAACUAAACAGGGUGUUCAGCCCACCCGGCCAGGGUCAGAUGUGUCAUGUCCAUCUCUAACAAAAUCUCUUCUUUGUGCUGCAGCCGUUUAGUUCAGGAUAGGGAGCAGCUGGAGCUGUGCUGGGCACUCAGGGCCUCAUCCCAGCUCAGGCAGAAAAGGUGGGGAAUUAUAACUGGGGUAAUGCUGGGGUGGCUGCAGGAGCUGUCAGCAGAGUGGAGGAGCAUGGAAGUCUGUUUGCAGAGAGGGGCUGCUGCAGGAGGCAAAGCCAUUUCCUCCAUGUUGGGCACGAUGGACUUUUCUGUGUGCCCACAAAAUUCAGCACUGGUGGAAUACUAUGAAAUCGUCCAGAGCUCUGCAGGACACAGGGAGGAACAGCUCAAGGAAAUGGAUGUGGGAAGGUGCUUGGGCAGCUGCUCCUCGGGGGAUCCCUGCUCGCUUAGUCCAGCUUUCCAGUGAGUUAUAAAUGCAGCACCAGGGAGGCCGGGGCAGUCGCGCAGGGACAGCGAACACAGAGCCAUGCUGCGGGCUGUCCUGCUGCUGCUCGCCCUGGCCACGACGGCAUGUCCGAGCCCGGCCAGCGUGACGAGCCGGCGGGCUGAGGCGCUGAAAAAACUCCUGGAAGUCUUUGGCAUGGAAGACCCGCCGGCACCCCCAUCUCACUUCAAGCGGCCGCCCCAGUACAUGGUGGAUCUGUUCAACACAGUCGCCAAUGAGGAUGGUGUCACCAAGAACCCUGACAUCCUGGAGGGCAACACCGUCCGCAGCUUCCUGGACAAAACUCACGGCGAGGAGAUGCGGUUCCUGUUCGUCCUCUCCAGCGUGGCCAAGAACGAGAAGAUCCUGACGGCAGAGCUGCACCUCUUCCGCCUCUGGCCGAGGGUCACAGAUGGGCCCAAAAGGCACCACUUCUGCCAGGUCAGUGUGUACCAGGUGCUGGAGAAAGACAAGCCAGACACCCCUGGAGGGAAGAAGCUGCUGGCAGCACGGCUUGUCUCACUGCAAACCUCGGGCUGGGAGGUCUUUGCCAUCACGCCAGCUGUUCGUGACUGGAUCGAAGAUGAAAACAGCAACCAGGGUUUGCUGGUGACAGUCCAGAGUUUGGAGGGGAGCCCACUCGACCCCUCACCACUGCAGUUUGCAUCUGGCUGGGGCCACCAUGAGAGCAAGAAGCCCAUGUUGGUCCUUUUCACAGACGAUGGGCGCCGCGGAGCGUCGCUGCCCACAGCCAGCUUCCCAGAUUUAAAGCCUCAGGCUCCUGAUCCCCCGGUGCCCAAGCUGGGCAGGUCACGCAGUAAACGCUCGCGGAAGCGGUUCCAGCCCUGCCAGAGGCAUUCCUUGUCCGUGGACUUCGGGGAGAUUGGCUGGUCUGAAUGGAUCAUCUCACCACCGGGGUACAACGCCUUCCACUGCAAAGGCUCCUGCCCCUUCCCUCUGGGCGGGAACAUGCGGCCCACGAACCAUGCCACAGUGCAGUCCAUCAUCAACGCCCUGCAGCUGAGCGACGAUGUCAGCAGCCCCUGCUGUGUGCCCCACAAGCUCCACUCCAUCAACCUCCUCUACUUUGAUGAUUACGAGAACGUGGUCCUCAAGCAGUACGAUGACAUGGUGGCUGGGAGCUGUGGCUGCCACUGAGGCAGGAGGAGCAGGGGCUGGAAACACCGCU